CUUUAACAUAAAUUUUCAAAUAUAAUGAGCCCCUUACUAAAAAUAUGUGAUCCAUCUUCCCCACCGACGAUUUAUUUCCCAUGUAUUAAAUCCUCCACCUCACACAUUUAAUAUCGCUUUCACAACCAAAAUAAUUGAAAUACAAAAAUACAAGAUAUGAUUCACGGAGCAAUAAAUAAAAAAUAAUUUAAUUCGUGACACACCUUUUCCAAACUUGCAAUAGCUAGUCAACCUUAAUAAUUUAAAUAGUAGUAGUUUUUAUACAUUACUAUAAAUAAACACAAGAACGGAGCACAAAUCUGCAUUUCAGAGACAAAACAAAUCCAAUUUUUCAUUUUCGCAGCUUUAAUUUGUUUAUCUGAGGAUUCUUCAAAAGAAAGAGGAAAUGACGAAAGAGACAUGCGAGGAAGCCAUCGUUGCUCUCCAGAAGCUUCUUAGCGAGAAAGGUGAGCUGAAGGCGGUCGCCGCCGCGAAGGUGCGGCAGUUGACGGCGGAGUUGGUGGGGGCGCGUCAGAAUGUGGCAGUUAAGUCAGUUUCCGACCCGGUGGAGAGGAUUCGGGCCGGGUUUGAUCAUUUCAAGAAAGAGAAAUACCAGAAGGAUCCUGCCUUGUACUCCAAGCUAGCCGUUGGCCAAUCCCCAAAGUUUUUGGUGUUUGCAUGCUCGGAUUCCCGAGUUUGCCCUUCACAUAUCCUAAACUUUCAACCAGGAGAAGCAUUUGUUGUUCGAAACAUUGCCAACAUGGUCCCACCCUUUGACAAGACAAAAUACUCUGGAGUUGGGGCCGCCAUUGAAUACGCAGUACUACAUCUCAAGGUGGAGAAUAUUUUGGUGAUUGGUCACAGCUGUUGCGGAGGCAUCAAGGGCCUCAUGUCCAUUCCUAGUGAUGGCACAACUAAAAGUGAUUUCAUCGAAGAUUGGGUGAAGAUCUGUAAGAGGGCUAGGGUCCGAGUGGAAACAGAAUGCAAGAAUUUAAGCUUGGAAGAGCAAUGCAGCCAGCUAGAGAAGGAGGCUGUGAAUGUAUCACUUGGGAACUUGUUAAGCUAUCCAUUUGUGAGGGAAGCUGUUGUCAAAAAAGCCUUACUGUUGAAGGGAGCACACUACGAUUUUGUCAAGGGCUCUUUUGAGCUUUGGGACCUCGACUCCACAUUGUCUCCUAUUACAUUUCGAUUGUAAAAUAGCACUAACUUCAAUUCUCUACAUGAUUUUCUAAAAUCUUGAAUAAUUUACGUGUAUAAUAUACUUUCAGAGUCUACUUUUAGCAAUGAAUUUGUACAAGAUUGUUUUCA